ACGGUGCCGAUUCGGCUUUUCAUCGCCUUAUAUCAGUAGAACAUUUUCCCUCAUCGCAACCGAUUCUUAAGCUCGUGGCAAAGGGAAAUGCGGUACGAAGUGAAAACACCCGAAAGUGACCAUAACGCUCAUGAAUAAUCCAGUGAAAAUGAAAGCAAAUCAAACGAUUCUGCUUAUAUCUUUAUUUUUGGUCAUCCAACAAAGUUGCCAAGCUACGCAAAAGUCGCAGCUUGGUCAGCCGCUUAUACAAUUAAGUCACGACAACACCGAUGAUGACUAUCCCGAAGUUAAGGACGAAAUACAUUUGGAAGACUUUUUUUGGACUGGCUCGGGCGAUGGCCCUCCGGAUUUCCUGAAAAAGGUGCACACGGGCAUUACCAAGGGCAAGGAAACGGUUUUUAAGACCGAAACAGUGGUGGCCACUAUCUAUGUGGAUGGAAAUAAUGAAAUUGACAUACCCAUUUGCCUGGAUUGUAAACCGGAUGAUGGUGGCGGCACUUGGGAUAUGGGUGGUCCAGGAAUGCCUCCCCUUAAUUAUUCCUCCACGGAUCGAAGAUAUUGGCUGCUGACGGUCAUGUCGGGUUUCUAUACCGCCAAGGAUAACCCCACCCUAGAGGAAAAGCUGGCACGUUUAUAUCGUCUGGCUUUUACCAGGCAGCAAACCCGUCAUCUUGGGAUAACUGGAGCUCAGCAAAUCGGAGGGGUUAACGUACCGGCAGCUCCUAGAGAACGUCGUAAAUCUUUAACACCACCAACGAGACCUGAAACCACCACGGGAUCACCAGCAGAUGAUGUGGAAAUACUGGACAUGCAGGAGGAUGAGGAGCACUACAUCAAGACUGUGAGAAGACUGGGCGAAGACACCGAAUGGGCCAGCAACUCGGAGGAGGAGCAGCAGCAGUCCGAGGAGCCACCUCCGAUGGGGGUCACCCCCUCGACCAGUACAGAAUCGAUAGAUUAUGGGGCAUACGUUACUCUGAUCCCCUGGGAGCUCAUACAGCAGAAUGGAAAAUCGGAAAAGUUGCGGGAAAUGCACGAAGCCUUGUUGACUAAGCAACCGCCGGUGCAGCAACAACAACAACAGGCGAUGGAGGGGGGGAUGGAGCCACCCCGAUCCCAGCCCCAAACCCAACCACUCUAUAGGGACGAGCACGUCAGAGUUGUCAUACACAACCUAACGCAAAUUAGCGAGGCGGAUGUGCAAAAGUGGAGCACCAACACCAAUGGGUUCGGUACCAUGGAGGAGCACAGCUACGUCAACCUCAAAUUUAGCAAUGAUCGUCCUAUAGCCAACCAAACCGAGUUGAUCUAUACGGUUUUGGUGAAUGGUCGACCUGUUUUGGCCACCACAGCAGCCAAGGAUAUGGAACUGGUCAGCGAGUCAGAGGCGGUUAAGGCUUUUGGACAGGCUGUCUAUAUGAAAUCAGAACCCUAUAUAAGGGAGCCCACGGCCACUGCUUUGGCUCCUGUUCCUCGAAGUGGACAGGCUGGGUUCUUCAACUCGGUGAAAAACAACGUAGCUUUGGUGGUAAUCAGCUCCUUGGCCAUUCUCCUGUUGAUGUUGCUCCUUGUGGCAGUUCUACUCCUUGGAAGAACGCGUUCCCGACAAAGAGAACUUAGUGCAGUCAACAGUUCGAAAUCUUGUUAUAUUAGGAGUAUCCUUUGCAGAAACUCCUCCCGCAACGAAUUGCUCUCCGAGGGUCAAUCGAUGCGUCCCACGACCAGUGAGAGGACCGAAGGAGAACCGAGUCCAGGACAUUCGCAUUCCAGGGACACGGGUGUGCGGAACUUCUCCUACGAACGAGAGCCACGCAUCAGCUUUCCAGCUCCGCCGCAGGAGAACCAAUCCCGAUCCCGUCGGGAUUCCAUAACCUCAUCGACCGACAACACUUCCGACUCCUCGGUGUACUGCCCCAUCAAUCCGCCGAGUGCCGAUGUCCAAAGGAUACUAGAUGACAAGGCAGCCCGUUUGUUUGAUGCUCAUAAGAGGCGUCAUCAAUACGAUCGUGCUGAGGGUCACGAGGAAACGGUCUACACAUCUGUGGUGUCCGAGAAGAAGGGCGACAAGAUGAGGCAUAAGUCAAGAAGGCGUUAUCUGAACGAGAAUCGCGUGGGUUCCCUGGAGACGAGUCCUGUUCAGGGCUCCCUGGCGGGUCACUCCUCCGCGGAGGAUUCCCCGGAGGUCAUGCGUCGGAGUUACGAGAACUUUCAAAGGAACGAGGCCUUCAACCCCCACAACAACUAUCAUCGGAACAAGUUGCUGACUCAAAAGACUGGAAGAGGCGUUUCCGCCGAGGCCAUUAACAACGAGAUGAUAAGGAAUCUGCAACCCUCUGAUAAAUCCGACACGGCCAGUGUGGGAUCCUUUCUAUCGAUGGCUUCUGUGAGGGCGUUUCCCAAAAGUACUCACCCGGAACCCCUUAACCGAGUCCUAGAUCCCGUCUUCGUCACCUACUACGACAAUGUGAAUGCAGUGGCGCCGCACAACUCCACGAGAUCCCUGAGAUCCCAUAAAUCCCAGGGCAGCAAGGACAACACCAUAGCCACCAUCGCCAGCUUUCCCAGUCCCAAGGCACCGCCGUCAUCCGUUAGGAAUGUGCGUUCCGCCUCGCACAGCGAUAAUCCGGAUCCGGGAGUUGUGGGUCCCGUGGUCUGGGAGCGGCACAAGAAGAAGCAGACGCAGGAGGCCCUCAACUAUGCGGACUACAAUCCCAGUCCGCUGCACAAUCCGUCGGCAAUACGAAAUCACUACGAGGGGCUUUUGGAGGGAGCCCUGCAAAUGUACUCCAGCCAGGAUGAUAUACCCAUGCCCUUGCCCACCCAGAAUUUCACGAACAACAGGAGGGUUACGAAGAGGGAGCACAGGGGCUCAUCAGCGGGGUUGCCCAGUUUUCAUCCUUCGGGAGGGUCCAAAGCCAUUGCUGAACGUCCGGCCACAGCCCAGCCGGAAAAGACCUCCAAGUCGGCGCAUUCCACGCAACCACCAUCCCCGACUUAUAGUGCCUGGGGAGGAGGGAGUAUGUAUAGCUCGCAUUCCACACUGAAUCGGCCCGUGAGCGCAGGUCCUACUCAGAGAAUGGAGAACAGAUUGGAUCCGUCUAAUCCAGCUGGAAGUUCAUCGGGAACUGCGCCCCUUAUCGAGGCCAUACAAUCCGAGUUGCGCAAGUUCAAGCAACAGCAGGAGUAGAUCCCAUAUUUUAUGAUCCUAACUUUGUCAUGGCAUAUCUGUACCAAAAAUGUUUGCAAAUCAUUUAGAAUAAACUUUUCUUAAUACUCGAA